UGAUGACAAAUGUUGAACCAACCUAUGCUACCAGAGUCUGUGGAAAACAGGGAUAUCUAGACCGGAUUGUAGGGGGUAAAGAUUCCCAGGAUGGAGAGUGGCCUUGGCAAGUGAGCAUCAAGUUGAAUGGGGAACAUCACUGUGGUGGUUCUCUUGUCACAGAUCGAUGGAUCAUCACAGCCUCACAUUGUUUUAGUCUGAUCAACAAUCCUUCUAAUUUUACUGUACUAGUUGGAGCACUGAAACUUUCAGAUCCAGGACCUCAUUCAAUCAUAGCCUCUGUGAAGCACAUUAUUCUCAAUCCCACCUAUGAAGGGGAUUCAAGGAUUGGAGACAUUGCCCUCGUCCAACUGGAGCAGCGACUGCCUCUGGCCCAACAUAUCAGCCCCAUCUGUAUCCCCAAUGCCAACAUCAACUUCCUCCCAGGACAGAAGUGUUGGGUCACUGGCUGGGGGAAUAUUCGAAGCAAAGAAGGACGACAGAACUCUGAUAUACUACAAAAGCUAGAAGUUCCCAUAAUCAGCACAAAAAAAUGCAACACUCUCUACCGCCAGGACUCUAGACAGCCCAGGGCCACAAGAGAAAUUAAAGAAGAUAUGAUAUGUGCUGGCUUUGCAGCUGGACAUCGGGAUGCUUGCCAGGGUGAUUCAGGUGGCCCACUGGCCUGCCGGAUGGAAGAUUUUUGGUUUAUUGCAGGAGUAGUGAGCUGGGGAGAUGGAUGUGCCCAGAAGAAUCGUCCUGGAGUUUAUGCAAGAGUGUCGUACUACCAGCAAUGGAUCCAGAGUCAAAUACCAGAGCUCGUAGACAUGAAUAGUAAAGACCAUUGGUCAAGGCUGAAUUACAAUAGUACCAGUAACAGUGCCUCUACUGGAAGUUUCAAUUUCAUCUCCCUCUCUGCUGCCACUAUUGUUUUGCUGCUAUUAUCUCAACAAACUCUUUAAAAAAGGGAAGCAGUUAUUUCUCCUGGGAAGAUGUUUGUGUUGAUCUUUUCUACUCCAUUUUGGAAGAAAACAGAACUU